UUUGUCUAGAUGGUAGUGCGAGCCAGGGUUGGUGACAGAGGAGGUGGAUUGAGGCCUGCUCUGUCUCUGGCCUGGUGUCCCCUCUCUCUCUGCUCCCUCACCCUCCCCAAUGUCACCUGAGGCCCCACCCCCCUCUCACGGCUCUGCCACUACCCCCGGCUGCCUUCGGUCUGACACUGCCAGCUCCGAUGGCACGUUGUUAAGGUCCUGCCUUUAACCUCGGGUCCAAGGCCCAGUUGCAGUUUGUGCCCAUCGUGGAACGGUUAUAGCACAGAGGCUUUUCGGUCGGUUGUAUUCCUACUAUACAAGAAAGAAAAUGUUCCUGGUUGGCCUGACUGGUGGGAUUGCUUCAGGGAAAAGCACAGUUGCUGCUGUGUUCCGUGAACUUGGAUGUCCGGUCGUGGAUGCUGAUCAGAUAGCAAGACAGAUUGUUGAGCUGGACUCUCCAGCAUAUUGGGCAAUAGUUCGCUCGUUUGGUGAGGAGAUCCUGCUGGAGGACAGACAGAUCAACAGGGAGAAACUGGGCAAUAUUAUCUUCUCCGACGUGGCGAAACGGCAGCUGUUGAAUUCCAUUACUCACCCAGCAAUUCACAAAGCCAUGCUCAAACAGAUCUUUAAAUACUUCAUACAAGGAUACCGGUAUGUUAUCCUUGAUGUUCCACUCUUGUUUGAGACUAACAAAUUGCUCAGGUUUAUGAAGCAUACAGUUGUUGUUUAUUGUGACCCUCAGAGCCAGCUGACCCGGUUGAUGAAACGAAAUCAUUUGACGCAGGCGGAGGCAGAGCGCCGCAUUGGUGCGCAAAUGCCAUUGGAGCAGAAGCGGAAACUGGCAAACCAUGUGAUUGAUAACUCUGGUGACAGUGCCAGUACUUACCGGCAGGUUUGCAAACUGCACUCUCAGCUUGAAGACUCGCUGGACUUCUUAGCGGUCCGGUUACUAGCCUUAGUCACUCUGACAGGAAUCGGAGGCCUCCUCUGCAUAUUUAUGAAAAGGUGCAUUUUUUAAUAUGAAGAUUUGCUCCAGACCGAGCUAAGGUCAGGGCAGGUGCUUCGUUUUCCCGUGAGAAGAUCCUUUGUAAGACUGGAGAAUGAAACACUGGUUGGAAGUGCUGCUUACUGAAUGAUCUUCAGUUAUACCUCUCUUUCCCUUUCUCCUUAUGAUAAUUGUCAUUACCAUUAUCUAUCUCCAACACUGCAGAGACCAACACUGACGAGACUAUUGCCUAAGUUAUGGAUAGUCAGAAUCCUGCUUCAAAUUUUGGUGCUUCAGGAAAAGCAAUCAAGUAAUGGAUUUUUUUAGGGUAUAGACUUUCUUGCAGUAUUGCUGUUCACUGCAACUUUUACGGCCAUCAAAGGCAAGUGACUGGCUGUUGUUUACUUUGUUUAACCUGAGAGCACUUGAGGCAUGUUUCUGAAAUCUGAUCUUCAGUAAGUUGCACUCUGUGCUCCGUUGAGAAUGGGCACCAUUGCUGCUUCUUUAACUGUAACAACUGAGAUGAAUCUGAGGCAAGACAAUGUUAUCGCAGGAAGUGAAAACUGGAACUUUCAACAUAUUGCCAGUUUAUUAUAAAAGAAGUGCAACUUGCUCAGGGCAUAUAUAAUGCAUAUGGUGGCACAGUGUGGGAAUUGUCACUUAACCACAAUUGCUGUGCUUUCUUUCUAGUUCACUAUUAUCAUAUACAUUUGACAGUCAAGCGAGGUAGGUGUUCUCAGAUCAUAAUGAUUCAUUUUAAGUGCUGGGCUUUACUUUAUCCAUUGGUUUCAAUCUAGUAAUGUCCACUCAAAAUGUGCAAUUUUACUAUAUGAGAAAUCAGAAAAAUGAAUAUGUUUUCAAAAUUCUCUGUCACUAUAUGUUGGAUCAGCAGUAUGCUAAUUCCUCCAAAUAGUGUGGAAUAAGCAACAACAAUCACAUACUAAAUGAACAACGUUGUAAUAUUAUAUGGAAGAAUUCUCUCUUUUGAUGUUUCAUUUUUAAAAAUGAUGAGGAAAGCCCUAACAUGGAUCUUUCUGCUGAGUUAAUGAUAUGCAAAUAUAGUGGGUGCUGUUGACCUUUGGCAAUAACAUCAAGGCCCAAGCCCUAAUUUACUCUAUCCAUUAACAUUGAUGCAAAUCAGGCAAAGUGAAAAACAGGCUGCCAGCCCACCAUUGUCAAGUUUACCUUAUUGCCAGUUUCACAUCUAAAGUAUUAGUCUACUGACUAUCUGUCAUGGUGUUUUUGUUCAGACUGGAUAGUAGAUUGGAUAAAAUCUACAGGUCUCCAAUCAGAUAAAGAUUUAUACAUUCAUCUGGAUCUUUUCAGCAAGUUACUUCCCUCCUGCUGCCACUGCCUCCAGGGUUUUCCUUCCCCCUGAACUAGUGCUCAGGAGUGGCUUUCCAGGGACUAUCACUCUCCAGUUACAUGCCCAAGUAAUCAUUCUUAAUCUGAGUUGUGAUUGCCACCUAGCCAAAUGUAGGCAAUUUCCCUUCAGACUGCCAUGUUGUUAUUGGCUAACAUCGGAAUGGGGUCCAAAAUAAUGGUUAAUCGAACACUGCCCACCCCCACCAGCACCCCAAGCACCAGGGAAGCUGGUGUCUGUGGUAACAUCAUUGCCUGCUAGCUGAAAUUGACUAUCUCUACUUGCACUGACUCAAGUAUUUUUGAGUAGGAACAUUUUUUGCUUCCCUGAAAUAACUCUGCUGUAUGACUUCUCGUUCAUAAGACGGCCCAUUUGCAGUCAAAGUCAAAAGACCUAAAUUGUCAAAAUGUGCUCAAGUGGAAUAUCCCCAGAGAAUAACGAGUGUCCUUGCCAUUUCAAGCACCAUUCUUGGUUUCAGGACAAAUGACAGACAGAGAUUAAAAUCAAACAUUAGGGCUUUACAGCUUCAGUUUCUGUCAAUCUACUCUAAGCCCCACAAUAUCCUAAGUGUAUAGAGACAUCGACCUGUUUCCCACAUGUGCAUUCUCUGUAAUUGCCAUCAUAGGAAAUUUUUAAUUGAGUUUCUUUCCCUAAAUUUGUCUUUGUAAAAUUUCUGACAUGUAUAAAUAAACCAGCAUUGUCCUGCGUUUGAAUCAA